AUGGCGAUCCCGUCGUUGUCAGAGUCCGAAAUUGUCAGUUCAGCAGUCGCCAGGAGGAGCCUAGUUGCUCUGUUCGACACAGAGGGGGGAAAUGUGGGCGUGCGCAGCGAAGGCGGCCGGUUGCAUUCAUGCACCCUCCUCCCCUCACUGCGUGCGUCUGCCUCCCCCGUCGCCUCCUUUCUGGACUUCACUUUCUCGCACGCUCUCUUGACAUACCCCCAGCCUGCCCUGGACCCCUCCAUCCGCUUCCUCGCAUACGAGUGGCUGGACGAGCCGGGCGGGCUAGCAGACUCCCUCACUGGCCUCGCCACCGCGUUCGCCUGCGCGCUGCUCACCCGCCGAGCCCUCAUUCUCCGCCACCCGCUCCUGCCGCUUGCGUUCGCGCCGAACCUCAUCGACUGGUCGUUCUCACCGGACGUUCCUGUGGAGCCGGCUCGGCGGAUCGUAGUGAAAAGGGGAGUGCUGGUGGGGCCUGAAGGGGGAGGAGGAGGAGAAGGAGGGGGUGGGGUUGGGGGAGAGGGGGGGAGUGGUGGAGAAGAGGGGGGGAGGCGGAGGGGGGGGAUAGUGCAGGAGGGGGAGGUGGUGGUGGUGGAUCUGCGCAACCAGUUUGUGGAGCCGGAGGAGUUCUUCGCGCUGCUGGACCGGGCCUUGAACGUGCGGCUGUCGUGGAACAGAGGCCUGCUCACCUAUUGGCUCGUGCAGGCCACAGCCCGACCUGCCUCUGGUGGCUCCUCGGGCCACAGGGUGGCGGUGGUGGGGAUCCACCUGAGAGCGAACGACACGUUUGUGUGGGAGGGCAAGGAGGGGUUUGGGGAGCCCAAGGUGCUGAGCGACGGGGAGAGGGGCGUGCUGAUGGCGUGGGCUCACAGCUACAUGGCGUGCGCUGAGGUGCGUGUGGUGAUGGGAGUUCGGGGUUUCACUGGAU